AUGGUCGAAGGUCAGCGGCAUUUCGAAGGUCAGCGGAAGAUGUGUGCACACCGCUUCAAAAGCAACAGCGCGUCGAGUGCCCGCAUCAGUUUAAGGAACUCUGUAACGAAAGCCGAGAUGCCGUUGUCGUGUCGGUUUUACCAGGAGAAAUAUCCUGAAGUGGAAGAUGUAGUAAUGGUUACUGUGAGAUCUAUAGCCGAGAUGGGUGCAUACGUCCACCUAUUAGAAUAUAACAACAUCGAGGGCAUGAUCUUACUGUCAGAGUUAUCGAGAAGACGUAUUAGGUCUAUUAACAAACUCAUUAGAGUUGGAAAGACUGAGCCAGUAGUAGUUAUCAGAGUAGACAAAGAAAAAGGUUAUAUAGAUUUGUCUAAACGACGUGUCUCUGCAGAAGACAUUGAGAAGUGCACUGAGAGAUUUGCAAAAGCCAAGGCGGUUAAUUCGAUACUGCGACAUGUUGCUGAACUGUUGCAUUAUGAAAGUUCAGAACAAUUAGAAGAGCUGUAUAAAAGAACUGCUUGGCUUUUUGAAGAAAAGUAUAAAAAAAAGGCAUCAGCUUUUGACUUUUUCAAACAGGCUGCAGUUGAUCCAUCAGUCCUCAAUGAAUGUGGACUUGAUGAGAAGACCAAACAAGUUUUGCUAGAAAACAUCAAAAGGAAACUCACGUCACAAGCUGUAAAAAUCCGAGCUGAUAUUGAGUGUGCCUGCUAUGGGUAUGAAGGUAUUGACGCCGUUAAAGCUGCACUCAAAGCAGGGCUCUCAUUGUCUACUGUGGAGAUGCCUAUCAAAAUCAACUUAAUUGCACCACCUCUAUAUGUGAUGACCACAUCAACUCCAGAGAAGACAGAUGGUCUGAAAGCAUUACAGGAUGCCAUUGAUAAAAUCAAAGAAACCAUAACUGUGUCAGGUGGUGUGUUUAAUGUACAGAUGGCGCCUAAAGUGGUUACGGCGACCGACGAAGCGGAACUGGCGAGGCAAAUGGAGAGGGCGGAAGCGGAGAACGCGGAGGUAGCCGGCGACUCUGCAGACGAGGGCGACGACCAAGGAAUGGGUGAUGCUGGCGAAGAGGAGCCUCAGCAGAAUGGUGCUUCCGAUGAGGAUGAUGAAAAC